AUAGAGUUGGUCGCUGAUGCAAUAAACUGCGAUUCAGUUUGCAAACUGCAUACAAUAAUGUCGGUUGUUCAGUUAACUGCUAGUCAAGAAAAACUAAUUAGAAGCGCAUCGGAAAAAUGCGGAAUUACGCAUUACAAUAUCAAUGCCGAGGCUGGCUCGACGAAGGGCGAUAAUUAUUUAGGAAUUAUUUAUAAGAUUACCGUUACGGGAAAUGGAGGAAAUAAAGUUUUACAUCUAAUAUUAAAGAGUGCCCACACCAGUGAACAUUUUAGAAAAGAAAUUUUACUCAAUAAAGUUUUCGAGCGAGAAGCUUACAUGUAUGAAACAGCUAUAGCCAGUUUGCAAAAGUUUCAAGAGAAGUAUGAUUUAAGUCAGCCUUUUACAGGAGUUGCAAAGUUUUAUGGAUCUAAUUUAGAAGAUAAUAACGAAGCCCUCCUAAUGGAAAACCUUAAAGAGUAUGGGUAUAGCCUCUGGGAUAGAAUGAAACCCAUGGAUGAUACUCACGUUAAAGCAGUUUUUAAGGAAUACGCCAAAUUUCAUGCAGCUUCUAUGGCUUUCAAAGCCAAAGAACCCAAAGAAUUUGAGAGGGUUACAAGAGUUAUUGAGAAGAAUGUUUUUGAAAUGAACGAAGCCUUUAAUACGGAGGAAAAAAUGGAAGGUUUUUUAAAAUCGUAUCUUACUGUAGGGGCUGCGGCAGCUGAGGGUAAUGAGAAAGCGACUGCGAUACUCGAAAAAAUGAGAAAAAAUAUAAAACAAACAAUGGAGGAUGCUAAAAAUAGAAACAAAGAAAAUUUUGUAAUAUUGCAUGGGGAUUGUUGGUGUAAUAAUAUUUUAUUUAAAUACGGGGACAAAACAAAGAAGAUACCAUCUAACGUAUGUUUUAUUGACUGGCAAAUAUCCAAGUUGGGAUCCCCGGUCCUCGAUCUAUCUUACUUUUAUUGCGCGUGUGCCUCUCCAGAUGAUUAUCAAAAUUUAAAAUCCAACUUAAAAACUUACCAUGACACUCUGUCACGAUAUCUUCGAGAGUGCGAUUGUGAUCCGGAUGAAAUCUACAGUUUCGAUCGUUUUAUGGAUGAAUGGAAAAGGCUUGUUAAACAUGGUAUAUUUUUGGCAUUUGUAAUCAUUAAAGUUAUGCUAACUGAUUCUGAAGAUGCUCCGGAUAUCACACAGAAAAGGGAGGACGGAGGAGGCAUCAUGGACACCUUUAUGAGUUUUCAAUCGUCUCAAGAGGAUGAAUAUAAUAAGCGCAUUUGCAAGUUGUUGGAGUUUAUGGAUGAAGAAGGUUAUAUAUAAAAUGAUUUAUUAAAAAAUUAAUUAAAUACAUAAAAAUAAGAUUCAGCUAUAAUUUGACAUAUAAAAUUACUAAUGAUUAUUUUAUACAAAUUUUUUUUUUUUAAUUUGGAUAAUUUAGUGAUAAAAAGUAUUAAGAUUUUUCCAAUUAUUCUUGUGAUUUGGUGACCAAAGAUUGUAAAUUAGAUAUUGUGCUUUAUAGGUGAUUUGGUCAAAUGCAAAAAAAACGUUUCGAAUUAUAUUGAGUUCAUCUUCAGGACUCAAAUUUUAGGAUUUAGAACACCAUCUCGAUCUAUCUGUUGUAGAGCUCUGAAUAUUAAUUAAAUAUAAUUUAAAACGUUGGCAAGAAACAAAUAGUUUUCUUCAGCAUUUGAUCAAUUUACCCACGAAACACAACACCUAACUUUUUCAAUUUUCAUGAUUUUGCAGAAUUUUUUUUUUGUUUUAUUAAAAAAAAUUGGCAACUAUUCUAAUGGAUUAUACAGGGUGACCCAGUACAAUCUACAGACUCCGAUUUCUCCCAAGAUACUUAACCUGUAAAAAAUUAUUUAGACAUAAGUUGUUCAUGACGCUUGAGUCACCUUUUAAUGUCAUUAGAUUUGGUUUCAAAUAUGAGUUUUUUUUUUCGUCUAACUUAUUUAUGAAAAACAUUUUAUUUAUGAAACAAAUUUUUGAGAUUUUUUUAGCCUAAAAUUUAUCAACAAGAUUAAUAAUUGCAAGGUUACAAACACGUUUGCGAUUAAUUAAAUUAAGACAGAAACUUGCAGCACUUGCUUAACUUAGAAUAUCUCUAAGAUUUAAAAUUAAUAACAUCUAGAACUUUUUAAAAAUUUUACUUUUUAGUUGAUCUCGAACAUGGAAAAUAAAAAAUAAAAUUAUUUUGCAUGUAAAAUUUUCCGCUCUUUCCAAAUCUUACGGCAGAAAUAAGGAUUUUCUUUUUUAAAAAUUACCUUGGCUUUCAAAUAAUCUUUAAAGUUAAUUUCAGUUAAAUCCAGUAGUACCAGAAGGUGACCUCCAUCGUCUUAAGCCACUUAUGUCUGAACCAUUUCUUUGCAGGUUAAGGAUUUUGGGAGAAGUCGGGAUCCAUAGAUGAAAUGGGUUUGUAGUUUAAAAGCUAAUAAAGAGUUGGCAGCAAACAACGUUUAGAAUAAGAAUCAAUAUUGGCAACUUUUUCCUAAAUUAGCCGUCCUCCUAUCAUUUAUAUUUGUCCAGAUAGCAAUAGUGGCAUAUGAUAUUUUACGGUUCUGUCACCGUAUAUGUUUAUUAAAAGUUUUAAUUAAAUAGAUUCACACGUUUCAAAACGUGGCAACAUUGCUUUUUAUUAAACUCCACCUUAUGACGUCCGUCAACCAAUCCGCAUGCAUUUGAAAGUCUGAAUGGUUGCCUAUCUUACUUGGUAAAUAGAUAAAACCAGUGGUGCCGUCUUCGUUUGCCAUUAAUAAUUAAUUACCACAGUAAAAAAAAUUAUUUCUUACGUGAAUUUAUAAUUGUAUUUUUAAGUAUCUAAAUAGCAAAUUUUGUAGUUUAAGUAGUCGUAUGAACUAUAUAAAUAUAUGUUUUAUAUGUAUAUAAUAAUAAAAAUAUUAUAUUACUUUAUACCAUUCCAUUUUGCAAUGUAGUCAUUAGCUAAUAAAUCUUUUUUAAAACUAUAUUAAUAAUAGAAAUAUUAGAAAAUAUAAA